UAGGAUCUUCAUAGUUCACAUGCACUUUGGAUAACUUGGUCGAUCAUCAAUGGUGAUGAUGGGUCCCCAUUCUCAGCCACGUGCCCACCUCCAUCCUCCAAAAGCUUCACGGCUCCCUUGCUCACGUCACUCCCCAAAAAGUCUCAUGACUGUGAUUGUGGACCAAUCUUUUGAUGAUGAUGAUGAUGAUGAUGAUAAAGGAAAGAACCAGGCUUCAGUUCAGAUUCAGAAACUCCCCUUCUGUUCUUUUCCUAAGUCAGAGCCCCCAGCUGCAUUUUCCCGUACAGAGUUUGUUGCAUACCGGUGCUUAUAUUUUGAUUUGAAGUCUUGCUUGUGGAAGGAUUGCUUGCGGUUUAAGAGUUCAUAAGCAACAAAUUGGCUUGAAUUGGUUGUAAAUUGCGAUGUAAAUUGAGUUCUGGAUCUUGGAAAGUAAUGGCAGAAUACUUUUCAAUGGAAUUGAGCAGCUUCUUCCUCGUUUAGGCGGAUCGGCUCGGAAGAAGACCGGUGGAGUUGCCAUUUAGACUUUUUUCAAACAUGAAUAUGUGGACUUUGAAUUGACAGAGAUCUUGAAUAUGAGCCAAUGGAGAGAACUUGUGAAUUUUGUGCUGCAUUGAGGCCAAUUAUUUACUGUACGCCUGAUGCAGCUCACCUUUGCCUUUCCUGCGAUGCGAAAGUUCAUUCAGCCAAUGCACUUUCAAGUCGACAUCUUCGGACUCUCUUGUGCGAAUCUUGCCGAAGUUUCCCUACUUAUCUCCAGUGUUUAGAUCAUCAGAUGUUUCUGUGUCGUGGCUGCGACCGAACCCUUCAUGUUUCCUCUUCCCAACACCAGAAAAGGACUAUUAGAGGGUACAUGGGAUGUCCUUCAGCCAACGAUUUUGCAGCACUUUGGGGGUUUCAUGUAAAUGAAGUUGACAAAGAUAAGUUUGUGUCUACUUGUGGCUCCGAAACUUCCAGUGUUGUUAAGGCUUUCGAUGCACCAGGACGAAGUCAUUCACAUAUAACUGCCGCUAGAAUGAGCUAUCCCCCUCAUGUCUCUAUUACUGAAGCUGAAAACAAGGUGCUCUACAAAGCUCAAGAAAAGGGCAGUUCAUUCAUUUUACAACAAAUUUUAGAGUUGAAUCGACUCCAGCUUGUAAAGAAGAAUGGCCAUUCGCCUUUGAUUCUUGGUGAGGGAAAAGACAGCGCGACUUCUUUAAGGCCUUGCACCUUGGAAAAGUUUGAGCAAUCUCUUAAUCAACAUGUGCACCAUUCUGAAGAUUUCGGUACUGAUCUUCAGCAAAGGGACAGCUUACUUCAGGAGCUGAAAAUGACUUCGUUUACUCAGCUCGAAAAUUUUCCAUUGUCAUCCCCUAUUUUGCUUCCUUUCCAUGGAGAAUCACUUUGGCAUUGUAAAAGUCCAGCUGAAAGUAGUCAGCUAUGGUCUCAAAAUAUGCAAGACCUUGGAGUUUGCGACGAGCUUGUUUGUCGGGAUGAUUUCAACAUACCUGAAGUUGAUUUAACAUUCCAGAACUUCGACGAAAUAUUUAACAGUGAUCAAGAUCCUACCGGUGGGUUGUUUGAUAAUAAAGAUGAGUCGUACUCCUCAAUCGAGAAGGAUAUGUCACUCAGUAAAUCAGAUAAUCACAAUGGGAAAGGGAUGGAGGCAAGCUCGGCGACGUGGUCAUCUUGCAUCUUCUCGUAUGCUCUCAUGGAUAAAGAUAGUGAACCAUCUGGUGAAGUUUGUAAUCUUCCCAUGAGUACAAGCAUGGAAUCUGCUCGUCCAAUCCGACCUUCCCUUUCAACUUUGUCAUUUGCUGAUUCAAGGAUGAGUGUUGAUAGUGCAGGAACAGAUUGCCCUGAUUAUUGGGCAAGAGGCGAACCUUCAUGUAGCUCGCCUUACCAUCGUGAGCAUAAGCACUCCAUUCCCCUCGACCACGGCGACACUGCGACAAGAAUGUACAAAGAAAAAAAGCAGUCUCAACAGCAAGAUAAACAAAUCCGACUCAAGGCCAGAUCUCUCGUCAAGAAACGGGUAAGAGGAAGAUAUGAAAAGGCUGAGCGAUACGACUCGAGUACCAUCGCUAUCAGUCGAAGUUAUUGAACUUCAACUUUGUGUAUCAUUUAAUCAUUUUCAACAUGAUAUGGUAUCUCUUCACUUUAAUUCUUUUCAAUCAGUUCUUUCAGUGCACAGCCUUUGGAGUUAGCAGCAUAUAAUGCUGCACUUUACUAAAGCUUAGUGCAAACCUUGAUAAUUGAAUCUAAUUGACAAUCAUUGCCUUCUUUUUGUUGGAA